UCCCCGGACGAGCCGUCGGUGGCCGCGUCGUCGGUGGGCAGCAGCCGGCUCCCGCUUAGCGCCUCCCUUGCUUUCUCCGACCUCACUGAGGAGAUGCUGGACUGCGGCCCCGGUGGCUUCGUGCGAGAACUGGAGGAGCUGCGCUCCGAGAACGACUAUCUCAAGGAUGAGAUUGAGGAGCUGCGGGCGGAGAUGCUGGAGAUGCGGGAUGUCUACAUGGAGGAGGAUGUCUACCAGUUGCAGGAGCUGCGGCAGCAGCUAGACCAAGCCAGCAAGACCUGCCGGAUCCUGCAGUACCGACUGCGCAAGGCCGAGCGCCGUAGCCUGCGUGCCGCCCAGACUGGCCAGGUGGAUGGUGAGCUCAUUCGUGGCCUCGAGCAGGAUGUCAAGGUCUCCAAGGACAUCUCCGUGAGGCUGCACAAGGAGCUGGAGGUGGUGGAGAAGAAACGGGCGCGUCUGGAGGAAGAGAAUGAGGAGCUUCGACAGCGGCUCAUUGAGACUGAGCUGGCUAAGCAGGUGCUGCAGGCGGAGCUGGAGCGGCCGAGAGAGCAUUCCUUGAAGAAAAGAGGAACUCGCUCCUUGGGGAAGACUGACAAGAAGCCUUCAGUGCAGGAGGACAGUGCAGACCUGAAGUGCCAGCUGCACUUUGCAAAGGAAGAGUCGGCCCUCAUGUGCAAGAAGCUCACAAAGCUGGCCAAGGAGAACGACAGCAUGAAAGAAGAGCUGCUCAAAUACCGCUCGCUCUACGGUGACCUGGACGCUGCCCUGUCGGCGGAGGAGCUGGCCGAUGCCCCCCACUCCCGAGAGACCGAGCUGAAGGUGCACCUGAAGCUGGUGGAGGAGGAGGCCAACCUGCUGAGCCGCCGCAUCGUGGAGCUGGAGGUGGAGAACCGAGGGCUGCGUGCUGAGAUGGACGACAUGAAGGACCACGGCAGUGGGUGCACCGGCCCUGAGGCCCGCCUGGCCUUUUCUGCGCUGGGCACGGGAGAGUGCGGGGAGAGCCUGGCCGAGCUGCGACGUCACCUGCAGUUUGUGGAGGAGGAGGCCGAGCUGCUGCGACGCUCAUCAGCUGAGCUCGAGGACCAGAACAAGCUGCUGCUAAGCGAGCUGGCCAAGUACCGUGCUGAGCACGAGCUGGACGUGACACUGUCCGAGGACAGUUGCUCCGUGCUCAGCGAGCCCUCGCAGGAGGAGCUGGCCGCCGCCAAGCUGCAGAUCGGCGAGCUCAGUGGCAAAGUCAAGAAGCUGCAGUACGAGAACCGCGUGCUGCUGUCCAACCUGCAGCGCUGUGACCUGGCUUCCUGCCAGAGCACACUGCCCAUGCUGGAGACGGACGCUGAGGCUGGGGACUCGGCCCAGUGCGUGCCCGCACCCCUGGGCGAGGCUCACGAGCCCCACACAGCGCGGCUCUGCAGAGCCAGGGAGGCUGAGGCGCUCCCAGGGCUGCGGGAGCAGGCCGCCCUGGUCAGCAAGGCCAUCGAUGUCCUGGUGGCCGAUGCCAAUGGCUUCUCGGCUGGCCUCCGGCUGUGUCUGGACAAUGAAUGUGCUGACUUUCGGCUGCAUGAGGCCCCCGACAACAGCGAGGGUCCCCGGGACACCAAGCUCAUCCAUGCCAUCCUGGUGCGGCUGAGUAUGCUGCAGCAGGAGCUGAAUGCCUUCACGCGCAAGGCAGACACAGUCCUGGGCAGCUCCGGAAAGGAAGAGCCUUUCUCAUCCCUGCCCGCCCUGGGCUCCCAGGGCUCCUCCAAGGAGAUUCUUCUGGCCAAAGACCUCAGCUCUGACUUCCCGCCACCUGACUUCAGGGACUUGCCAGAAUGGGAACCCAGAAUCCGAGAGGCCUUCCGUGCUGGUGACUUGGACUCCAAGCCUGACCCUAGCCGGAGCUUCAGACCUUACCGAGCUGAAGACAAUGAUUCCUACGCUUCUGAGAUCAAGGAGCUGCAGUUGGUGCUGGCCGAGGCCCAUGACAGCCUCCGGGGUCUGCAAGAGCAGCUCUCCCAGGAGCGGCAGCUGCGAAAGGAGGAGGCUGACAACUUCAAUCAGAAAAUGGUCCAGCUGAAAGAGGACCAGCAGAGGGCGCUUCUGAGGCGGGAGUUUGAGCUGCAGAGUCUGAGCCUCCAGCGAAGGCUGGAACAGAAAUUCUGGAGCCAAGAGAAGAACAUGCUGGUGCAGGAGUCUCAGCAGUUCAAGCACAACUUCCUGCUGCUUUUCAUGAAGCUCAGAUGGUUCCUCAAGCGCUGGCGGCAGGGCAAGGUCUUGCCCAACGAGGGAGAUGACUUCCUGGAGGUAAACAGCAUGAAGGAGCUCUACCUGCUGAUGGAGGAAGAGGAGCUAAACGCCCAACAUUCUGACAACAAGACCUGUACGGGGGACAGCUGGACACAGAACACGCCCAACGAGUACAUUAAGACGCUGGCUGACAUGAAGGUGACGCUGAAGGAGCUGUGCUGGCUGCUCCGGGAUGAGCGCCGAGGUCUGACUGAGCUUCAGCAGCAGUUUGCCAAGGCCAAGGCCACCUGGGAGACAGAGCGGGUGGAGCUCAAGGGUCACUCUACUCAGGUGGAGCUGAAAGCUGGGAAGGGCCCUGGGGAGCGGCCAGGGCCCGACUGGAAGGCAGCCCUGCAGAGGGAGCGUGAGGAACAGCAGCACCUCCUGGCUGAGUCCUACAGUGCUGUCAUGGAGCUGACGCGGCAGUUACAGAUCAGCGAGCGCAACUGGAGCCAGGAGAAGCUGCAGCUGGUGGAGCGGCUACAGGGCGAGAAGCAGCAGGUGGAGCAGCAGGUGAAGGAGCUGCAGAACCGCCUGAGCCAGCUGCAGAAGGCUGCCGAUCCCUGGGUCCUGAAGCACUCAGACCUGGAGAAGCAGGACAACAACUGGAAAGAGACUCGCAAUGAGAAGAUCCAUGACAAGGAGGUUGCUUCAGAAGCUGAGAUUGGGGGAACUGGCUUAAAGAGGACCAAAUCAGUUUCUUCCAUGUCUGAGUUUGAAAGUUUGCUUGACUGUUCUCCUUACCUUGCGGGCGAAGCCACCCGGGGCAAGAAGCUAUCCAACAGCUCUGCCUUUGCCUUUGUGGACCCCGAGUCCGUGGACCCGGAGAAGGAUGCUAAGGAGAAGCCAGGCCUCUCCCCACAGGACUGCAGCCGCCUGGGUGCACUGGACUGCCAUGGCCCUGGGGGUAGACAGAUGCAGCGCAGCCACACGGCUCCUGACAAGACAGGUAUUCGCGUCUACUACAGCCCUCCGCUGGCGCGGAGACUGGGUGUCCCUGUGGUCCACGAUAAGGAGGGCAAGAUCAUCAUAGAACCUGGCUUCCUCUUCACCACCGCCAAGCCCAAGGAGUCAGCCGAGGCAGAUGGACUGGCCGAGAGCUCAUAUGGCCGGUGGCUCUGCAACUUUUCCCGGCAGCGCCUGGAAGGCAGCUCGGGAAGUGGCCCCUCUGCGGCUGGACCCGGUUUCCCAGCCGCUCUGCACGACUUUGAGAUGUCAGGCAACAUGAGUGAUGACAUGAAGGAGAUCACUAACUGUGUGCGCCAGGCCAUGCGCUCAGGCUCGCUGGGGAGGAAAGUAAAGAGCACAUCCAGCCAGACGGUGGGCCUGGCCAGCGUGGGCACCCAGACUGUGCGCACAGUCAGCGUGGGCCUGCAGACCGACCCACCCCGCAGCAGCCUCCAUAGCAAGAGCUGGUCUCCCCGCAGCUCCUCGCUCGUCUCUGUGCGCAGCAAGCAGAUAUCCUCCUCCCUGGACAAGGUCCAUGCUCGCAUUGAGCGGCCAUGCUGCUCCCCCAAGUAUGGCUCCCCAAAGCUCCAGCGGCGGUCAGUGUCCAAGCUGGACAGCACAAAGGACCGUAGCCUGUGGAACCUGCACCAGGGCAAGCAGAAUGGCUCGGCCUGGGCCCGCUCUACCACCACACGGGACAGCCCUGUCCUGAGGAACAUUAAUGAUGGGCUGUCCAGCCUCUUCAGCGUAGUGGAGCACUCGGGGAGCACCGAGUCUGUCUGGAAACUGGGCAUGGCUGAGACCCGACCUAAGCCCGAGCCUCCCAAGUAUGGCAUUGUGCAGGAAUUCUUCCGUAAUGUGUGUGGCCGAGCGCCAAGCCCCACCUCUGUGGCAGGGGAGGAGAGCACCAAGAAGCCAGAGCCCCUCUCUCCAGCCAGCUACCAUCAGCCGGAAGGCAUGGCCAGGAUCCUGAAUAAGAAAGGAGCCAAGUCAUGCAGCAUUGAGGAGGCCAGGCCCACUCUGCUCCCCCAGGUGGGGAAGGAUGGUAUCUCCCGAGAUGGAGAGGGAGCCACUGUUCUUCCCAAUGAGGAUGCUGUGUGUGACUGCAGUGCCCAGUCUCUCACCUCCUGCUUUGCCCGGCCGUCCCGUUCUGCCAUCCGCCACUCUCCUUCCAAAUGCAGGCUACACCCUUCGGAGUCUGGCUGGAGUGGGGAGGAGAGGGCAGGCCCUCCCAGCGAGUGA